UUUUCUCAGAAACGUCUUGGAAAGCCUCAAGAAAGGAAACUUCAGAGCAAACAGAAUCAACUAGGGAUCAUGACUAUACAUCCAACACAUGCAUACCAGCACGGGUCCAGCCGAGGCCUCCAAAAUGAUGCCCUGCCAGCCUCAGCUGGUUCUCAAGUGAUGAUGUCCUUGAAGUCUCUGUGGCCCGUGACUCAAGAGUUAAGAAUUGCCAAGAAGAUGCUUUUAGAAGAAAUUAAAGCCAAUCUUUCCUCUGAUGAGGAUGGAUCUUCAGAUGAUGAACCAGAGGAAGGGAAAAAAAGAACUGGAAAACACAGUGAAGAAAACCCAGGAGAUGAGGAAGGAAAAAAUCAAGUCAAUUCUGAAUCAGAUUCAGAUUCUGAAGAAUCUAAGAAGCCGAGAUACAGACAUAGGCUUUUGAGGCACAAACUGACUGUGAGUGAUGGGGAAUCUGGAGAAGAAAACAAGAUGAAGCCUAAAGAGCACAAAGAAGCCAAGGGCAGAAAUAGAAGGAAGGGUAAGACAUUUUAAUUCUGAAUGUAAGGAACAUAGCGGUUUUAUAAACUAAUUAUAGUAAUGAAAUUUAAGUAUCACUGU